UUGCGGAUCUACAGCUUGAUGGUCUGGUCAUUCACCAAGAUGGUUCAUACACUCGUGGAACAAUCCCAACGAGUCCGGCAAAUCCCGAUUUUGUGGAUGGAGUGGCCUCGAAAGAUCUGACAAUUGAGGAGGAAAGCAAUCUGUGGGUGAGGGUAUUCUGUCCCCAGCAGAAGCAUGAAUCUGGAUUUUGCAAAAUCGGUGGUUGCACUUGUGGUCUCCGUGAAUUACCGGAUUGCACCAGAGCACCGCUUGCCAGUUGCUUAUGAGGACGGAUUUACCGCUCUGAAAUGGCUUCAAGCAGUGGCCAAGAAGGAAGUUACCGCGCCCUGGCUGUCGGACUGUGCUGAUUUUACCAAGGUUUUCGUGGUGGGCGAUAGCGCUGCAGGGAAUAUUGUUUAUCAUGUCAUGAAGCGAGCUUCAGCGAAGAGUGGCUCGGAUUUGAAGCCACUGGUUCUGGCUGGCCAGAUUCUCAUCCAGCCGUUCUUUGGAGGUGUUGAGCGGACUCCCCCUGAGCUCGUCGAGUUCAAGCCUGGCCAACUUACGACUGAGUUGUGCGAUGUGUUUUGGAAGUACACGCUCCCAGAUGGAGCCAACAGAGAUCAUCCAUACUGCAACCCAAUGGUGGAGCUCCCCCAUGCUCUCAAUGAUGCGGAUAUGCCAAGGACACUUGUUGUGAUCGGGACCGCUGAUUUGCUCCAUGAAAGGCAGCUCGACUUUGCAAAGAAAGUGAAGGAGAUUGGCAUCCCAGUUCAGCAGGUUGUGUUUGAGAAUGCAGGCCAUGCGUUUUACAUGACUGAAGGACAGGAGAGAGUGAAGCUUGUGGAAGUUCUGACAGAAUUUGUAAGUCAAGAGAUAUAAUACAAAACAUUUGAUACCACUUUUUAGCUCAUGAGCUCAGAAUUCAAUAAAUCUAAUUGUCUUUAA